AUGGAGGGAGAUUCUGUCACUCUAAACACUGAUGUUACUGAAGCACAGAAAUAUUUGUUCAUACAGUGGAUGUUUGGAAACACUCGAAUAGCUGAAGUAGGCAGGCUCACACAAACACACUCGACGUAUGAUGGUCCUGAUGGGAGAUUCAGAGACAGACUGCAGCUGGAUCUUCAGACUGGAUCUCUGAGCAUCACAAACACCAGAACCACAGACUCUGGACUUUAUCAACUAACAGCUAUCAGCAGUGAGACCAGCUACAUGAGUUUCAAUGUUACAGUCUAUGAGACUCCACAAAGUUCUAUAACACCAGGAAGUUCAACAAGCUCAAAUUUUGUGUCGUCCAAUUUAACCAUCAACCAGACUGAAGAUGUCAAUAUUACUGAACUCCAUCAGCCAAGUUCAGACCACGUCCACUGUUGUGGUUUUACUGAAACUGUGAUACGAUUGGUUGUUUCAGCUUUGGUGAGCGUGGCUGCUGUUGCUUUUCUGGUUUAUGACAUCAGUUCUACAAGAAGUGAGCUGAACAGGAUGCAAGAGACUAGAUAUUACCAUCAGAGCCGUAGAGUACAAUCAGACCAACAUCAGUUGAGCAGAAGAAUGAGUUCCAGAUAUGUUUGCUGA